GCCGCGGGCGGCGGGCGCGGCGAGGGCCGGCGGGAGCGGCCGCCAUGGCGGACGAGAUCAGCAAGGCGCAGGCGGCGCGGCCCGGCGGGGACACCAUCUUCGGCAAGAUCAUCCGCAAGGAGAUCCCCGCCAACAUCAUCUACGAGGACGAGCAGUGCCUCGCAUUCCAUGACAUUUCACCUCAAGCUCCAACACAUUUCCUAGUGAUUCCUAAGAAGCCAAUUGUCAGGUUGUCUGAAGCAGAAGAUUCUGAUGAAUCUCUUCUUGGGCAUUUAAUGAUUGUUGGCAAGAAGUGUGCUGCUAACCUGGGCCUGACCAACGGAUUCCGGAUGGUUGUGAAUGAAGGGCCUGAGGGUGGGCAGUCUGUCUAUCACGUACACCUCCAUGUCCUGGGUGGCCGUCAGUUGGGCUGGCCUCCUGGCUAGGAUUUCUGGCACCACCAGAGCUUAACUGCAUGCACACAAGUUACCACCGAAUAGAUUUAAUGUGUUGUCCACCAAUCUAGCCACUGUUAGUGUAUUGUUGUUGUUUUGGUUUUUUUUUUUAACGUGUGUCUGCAGAGGGGGAUAAAUGCUCUGAGCAACAUUCGCACAAUAAAGAUUAAGCAUGUGGGAA